UCAUAUCCAAUUUAAAACAAUGGCGGAAGGAGAAAACAUGGAGAAUCAAGAUAGCCUUCGCGUUAAGCGCUCCCCUAGUGUGGAUACCGCGAGCCAGUCUCUAUUCUGGAAGCCAGUGAUGGUGUUUUAUCAUCCCUCGAUGAAGAAACUAGCAAAGGAUGUCGUUGAUCUCGGCCGUAGGGAAGCCAAACUGCCCAAACAUAAGAAUCAAUUUAGGUCUGUUGAAUUAUGCGAUUUCAUUCAAUGGGGGAAGUUUCGUGAUGGCUGGCCAAACAUUUUUAUUGACAAGAUUGACCAAGUUGUGGGGAGAGAUGUUAUAUUUGUUGCAAGUUUUCACACGCCUGAAGUAAUGUUUGAAGAGCUUUCACUGAUUUAUUCGUUUCCAAGGUAUUUUGUGAGAUCUUUUUGUCUUAUUUUACCAUUUUUCCCAACGGGCACAAUGGAGAGGAUCGAUCAUGAAGGACAAGUUGUUACGGCAAAGGUCUGUCAUGCUAGCAGGGUUUCCCACAAAAGAUGCUAAGUGUGCUAAUUUGGAGCAACUAUAGAAAUUCAUAAAAAAUUCAAACCUGAUCGGAAUCAGCUCAAACUUUCUGCAC